AGUUCUGUCCUGCGCCAUUUUAGUGAACCAACGAGGAAAGAAGAAGCUGGGAAUGUCGACGUUGCUUUUGGUGGAAUUAAAUAUAUAUGUGUUGUGAGAAAGCUACGCAGCUGGACUUCGCGAGGAGGAAACGAAACGUGAACCGAGAGUCUUUUGUCUUCUGACUACAUAGCUUAUUUUGAUUUUUUUUUUUUGGACUGCUAACCUGAGCGACGCGGUUAGCGUAGCACCGUGAAGCUAAUUUUUAGGUGCACUUUGUUUCAGGCCUCCCCCCCCUUCCCCCAAUAAAACAUUAGCUAAUGUCGAGGUGUAGCAUGCUGCCUCGGCAUGAGUUAACUCGCUAACAUUGUAGUAUUCGAACGAUGCGGUGGACUGGUUGUUGGUCUCGGUGGUGUUUGGACUGAAGAGGUGGAUCGUUGUCACCAGGACUGUCGAGUUGCAGGCCUGCUGCUAGCUAACUGUUAGCUCUUCCAGCGGGCCGGCUCGGCCGUGACACCGGUUUUUUUUUCCGCCCAGGACUUUUCAUAACGGACAUAAUAUCACACUGCUGCUGGACUUCGUGGAUUUUGUUGGAUCCCGUUGUGCUCUUUUGGACCAUGAGGAACUGACGAAGCAGAGGACGCCAUUCAGUGGCGCUUUGGCCUUUUUCUUUUGUGUUCAUCAAGGACACUGUCGUCAUCUCCGAUCUGAAACUUUAUACUUAAAAAAUUGUCUGCAGUGUUUAACCGAAUAUAGUAAAGGUUUACGUCUUAAAGUUACGAGAAUUAGCGUUCUGUGUUUUGUUGACGCUGUUUUAUCAUACAAGGCCUGUGGUUGGUUUUCUUGUGAUAUAACGGUAGUACUGUUUAAACAAAAUGUCGUGUGUUCACUAUAAGUUUUCUUCCAAACUGGACUACAACACAGUCACUUUCGAUGGGCUGCAUAUCACUCUCAGUGAGCUUAAAAGGCAGAUCAUGGCCAGGGAGCGGCUCAAGGCCACAGACUGCGACCUACAGAUCACCAAUGCCCAGACUCGAGAAGAAUACACAGACGAUGAAGUCCACAUCCCUAAACACUCAUCCGUGAUUGUCCGCCGCACUCCAAUUGGUGGAGUAAAACCUGCUGGCAGGACGUUCAUUGUAGAUCGUUCUGACACAGCCAUGAAAGGAUCUUCUAGACUCACUGAUUCUUCUCCUUCUUUGUCACUCGCCCAACUUUCCAAGAUGCCUAACCUGGUUGAUGCAAAUGCAUCAGAGGAGGACAAGAUUAGAGCCAUGAUGACCCAAUCCAACCAUGAAUACGACCCCAUACAUUACUCCAAGAAAGUAAUUGGAGCGCCACCUGCUCAUUAUACCUGCUUUCGUUGUGGAAAGGCUGGUCACUAUAUUCGGCAAUGUCCUAUGCAGAUGAUUCAAGAUAAGAAUGUGGAUGGUCCCAAGCCCAUAAAGACUAGUAAGGGAAUCCCUCAGAGCUUCAUGGUGAAAGCAGAUCCAAAUGCCAAGGGAGCCAUGUUAACCAGUACUGGAGAAUAUGCUAUACCUGCCAUAGAUGCGGAGGCAUAUGCACAAGGAAAGAAGGAACGCCCUCCAUUUGUUCCCCAUGACCAAUCAUCUUCUGACGAUGACUCUGAUCCAAUCCCUGAUGAGCUGCUAUGUCCAAUCUGCAAUGACUUGAUGACCGAUGCUGUGGUUAUUCCUUGUUGUGGAAAUAGUUACUGCGAUGAGUGUAUUAGAAGCAACUUGCUUGACUCAGAGGAGCAUGUCUGUUUCACAUGCAAACAGUCGGACGUUUCACCUGACAAUCUCAUUGCCAACAAGUUCCUUCGACAGGCUGUAAAUAAUUUUAAAAAUGAGACGGGAUACACCAAACCUGGUCGCAAGCAGAUGCAGCUGGUAGCCCUGCCGCCAUCUCGUCCUCAGUUGGUCAGAGCUCUGCCCUCCAGACAGCAGCAGGACCCACUAUUGGCAAACGUCUCUCGCCCUCCAGCAACAAGUGUUCCCGCCACUGCCCCUCAAGCACGAGCCCCAUCGCCUACCCCGACACCCGCCCCUGCUUCAAGUCCUGCCUCGACCCCUGCCCCUGCACAGACUCCUGCCCCUUCCCCUGCACAGACUCCUGGUCCGGCCCCUACACAGACUACUGCCCCGUCCCCAAUAACUGCCUCAGCAUCUGUCCCUGCUCCAACAGCUGCCCCGACACAGACUCCUGCCCCUGCACAGACUCCUGCCCCUGCACAGGCUCCCACGCCUGCACAGACUUCUGCACCUGCCCUAGAUCCUGCCCCUGCACAUUCUCCUGCCCUUACCCCUAAUCCUGCCCCUGCACCGACUCCUGUUCCAACGGCUGCCCAGAUCCCUUCUCCUGCCACUACUCCUGUUCCAUCACCUGUUCCUGCCCCAACUUCUGCUACUGAUGGACAAGAGGCUUCGCGAUCUCCUGCACCUCUUGUUGACCACCAUUCUCCUGUACAUUCCACCAGUGAAGCUGAACCACCCCCACCAGGGGAGACUAACCCAGAGCCCACAGUGAUACCUGACUCGUCUCGGACCUCUGAAAGAAGACACCAGGGCUACAAUCUAAUGGUUGUUGGUCACCUGCCACCUUCAAGGCCAACUCUCCCACUUGGUCACCAGUCCCAGACUCAUCACUCCCACAAAGGAGGAAGUCGACAUUGGGAGAGCCUCAGGCCUUACAGAAGUAGAGAACAACGGCCCACUGCUCACCUACAAACGGCUCCACCUCCGGGCCCUGCUCCUCCAGUUUAUCAAACACCAUCCCUAUAUCCUCCACCAUCUCAGGCCUAUCACCCACCAUACACCUCUGGGCCUGGCCUGGUCCCACCUCCAGCAAUGAAUUACCAGCCUCAGCCUCUCUACGCACCUGGACCACCUGGGCUGAACCCUGCCUGGGUUGGCCCUGGUACCCAGCCUCCUCUUGUCACUCUUCCACCAAGCAUGUCUCAGCCUUCCCUUUCUAAAGAAGAUUUCUACAGACGGCAUGACCGUCGGGACAAAGUUCCUUCCAAACUGGAUGAAUUUACUAAAGACUUCCACAAAGAGCUUAUGAAGUACAGAAACCCACCAAAGAGGAGAAGGCCAUCUUAUUCCAGGUCCAGGUCAUACAGUCGCUCACCAUUCAGCCGUUCUCCAUACUCUCGUUCAAGAUCGAGGUCUAGAACCAGAUCUAGGUCUUACUCUUAUUCCCACAGUAGAUCACGGUCACGUUCCCGUGGCAGGUCUUUUCCUCGCUCCCCUUAUUCCAGACGCAAUGGACGCAGUUAUGGACGCUCAAGAACAAGGUCUCGCUCACGUUCAAGAUCUUACGGGUAUCGCCACUCAGGAUCUCCGCGAUCUCCUCCAUCUUACAGAGGUGGAGGCUGGGAGGGUGGGGAAGGUGUAGGAUCUUAUAGGUCUAGGUCACGAUCCCGGUCCCCUGGUGGAUACCGGAAUCGCAGCCCUGGCGGCUGGAAGCCACCGUUUCGAGAUCUGCCACAGUUUGAUGUGAAAGGUAUGAGUCCUGGAAGCCAUGACAGAUGGGAAAGAGAUCGUUGUCGACAGUGGGAGAAAGAAUACAGAGACUGGUGUAACAAAGUCUUCAAAGACUAUGAAAACCAACAUCCUUCUCUGCAUCAGAGAGGUCGUGGCAGCAGAGACCGGGAGAGAGACAGGCUCUCCCCAUUUUCCAGAGAAUACUCACCCCAAGGAAGAGGAAGAAGAGGGAAAGAAGAAAGGACUGCCCCACCUCACCAUCAUCCCCCGUCUUCCUCUUCAGGGACCAAAUCCAGCACUAAAGUCCUCAAGACUAAGAAAAUAAAAAAGAAGUCUGGGGAGGAGUCGGAAUCAUCCCACCAAUCAGCAGAAAGAGGUGAUGCUACACCUGUAAGAGAUGAACCCAUGGAUGAAAUGUCUUUACUUUCCAAAACACCUCCUGUCUCCUCAAAACCUGCAGCUACCACUGUGGUUACCAAGGCUCCAAGUUCUAAAAGCACGUCUCUGCCUGUUAAACCUGCAAGCAAGAUAUCGUCAAAAACACAGUCAGACAAGACCAAGAAGGACAAGGGUCAGAAGGUGAAAGCUAAAAUAAAGACUGAGGCUACGAAGUUGAAAGUGGAUAGAGUGAAAAGCAAGACUGGCGAUAGAGUGCUCACCUCAAAGAAAGAACUGUCCUCUGUUGCUAAAUCAUUAAAGACCACCAAAGUCAAAACUGAGGAGGGCUCGGACUCAAAUACCCACAGAAAAGACAAGAGUAAAAGUUAUGCAGUCAAGCCUCCCUUGCUCAAGACCCCACCCAUAUCCUCCCAGAAUGCCCUCCCGCUACCCCAUAACACUGUUCAUGAUAGCCAUCGCCUUGGCCCUGACUUUCGUGGGAGAAGAGAUCUUCCUCAUGGCAGUGGUGCCAUUCCCCUUGUUACCCAUUCGCAUGGACUGCCAGGCCUCCACAGACCCACUUCCCCAGGAGACAGCCGGCGACGGUUCGGCGACGGCAGCCGGUCAUUACUUGGCUCGCCGCCUGGCAAGCUAAGGAGAAUAGAUGGGAUAGGUGUCAUCAGCGAAAUCCAUUCUCACCCACACAUCUCUCUUCCACCUCACAUCCGUCGAACCCCACCCCCAUCUGAGAGGCCUGGUCUUCUCUUACCAGCAAGUCAUGAGUUGGGGCGUGGAGAGCCAGAUCGAGGAGCCAUCAAACCUCUAAUGGAACUUCAGUUGAAGCCACUGGUCCAGAAGAGGAUUAAGUUGAACAGAGAUGUGGUGAGAAAGGGCAGUUCUGAGAGAGUGCCGACAGACCGAGCACAUCUGGGGACGGAGAAGACAACCACAGCUUCUGAUCUGUCAGUUGGUGACAGCACUUGUGAAGGAGAAAGAACUACUAGUACAACUGAAGGAGAAGGAAGGAAAACUGCUCGAUCCACAUCUUCUGAGAGAGCAGGCUCUAGAGAAAGACCAGGAUCUGCUGGAGAGAUACCACCAGGUUCAGAAAGUGAGCGGGACAGAGCUUCAGGAUCAGACAGGGACAGAGAGCGCCCCCCGGUGUCUGAUCGAGACAGGGACAGGGUCUCAGGAUCAGGCAUGCAGAAAGCAGCUGUUACAGCGACGAGAGAGGCAGAAGGAGACAGGACAGUGAAGACUGAACGAAAGAGCUCUGCGUCUGGAAGUGGAGGAGGGGGGAGGUCUGUUUCUCUGGAUAAGAUGACCAUUGCAGAGAAAUCUAUCUCUAGGAAAAUAGCAGACCAGCAGGAAAAAUCAACCGUGUCUUCUAAGCAGAGGGGGAAGGGAUCUGAGAGAUCCACCAAACCUGACAGAAGUGUGUCCAAAGACAGAGCAGAGAGGAAUCUGCACUCUGGAGAAAAGUCGGCUACUGUUCGCAAAGAAGCUGGGAAAAAUGGUGAAGACUCUGCUGUGAAGAGCAAACCGAGGAUCAGUCGCAAAGUGCUGAGCAGCCACACUGUGGCUUCUACGAGAGACAUGAAGAGGGACUCGGACAAAGACCAGAAAAGUGCAUCUUCUAAACCUGCAGAAGCACCCUCAUGUAGCCCUCCAAAUACCAGUGGCCACACCCCCAGCCCAGAAAAGGAGGUUCCACUUAUUCAGGCACCUCCCCGCUCCAAGUGGGAGAGGGAAGACGACGAGGAGGAAGGGCUAGAAAAUGAGUUGGAACCACCCAAGGAACCAACACCGCCACUGCACAGGAGCCGCAGCAGUGAUGUGCAGCCGGAAGCACCGAAACCCGUCGCCAAUGAAAGCCGAGAGCGAAUGAGAGAUGAGAGGAGAGGAGCAGUGAAGGAAGAGAAAAAGGGUAGAGGAGGACCAAGGGAAGAGGGCAGAGGUGUCAGGGUGGCGCAUGUGGGUUCUAACAAACCAACCAAAGCUAAAGUGAGAGAGGAGGGGAAAGGGGGAACGGGGAAGGAGGAGAGAGCAGCGGAGGGCAGAGGUGGAGGAAGAGAGGAGAAUCGCGGCCCAGAACCCAAGAGGCAACGCUUGUGCUCCGACCUGGGCCGUGAGACAGACGAGGCCGCGUUCGUUCCAGAUUACAGUGAAGGAGAAGGCUCUGAGCCCGACAGAGGGCGGAGCCACAGCCCCAGCCAGUCAACCAGCCAACCGUCCCACAGUCCCACCCUGAGCAACCUCGGAGGCUCGGCCACCGCCACGGCAGAGAAGAAGAAGAAAAAACACAAGAAGCAUAAAAAGCACAAAAAGCAUAAGAAGCAUAGCAGCCAGGACAAAGAGGGAGAACACAAGGAGCACAAACAUAAACACAAGAAAAAGAAACACAAAAAGAACAAAGACAAAGAUGCAGAAGAGCAAGAGAGGACAGAUAAACCAGAGCAUGAGGUGCCAGUAAAAUAGGGCAUGGCUGCGCUGCUAAAACAAAGCCAUAGGCUAUAAUUUGUAACUAUCCUAAGAUGCAUCUAGAAAUAUUGUCUCCCGUUAGCAUGGCUGCACCUCCUGCUCAUUGAAAGGUAUGGAUGAAACACUGCAGGGUGUCUCAAAGUCCCAUGUUUUCACAGGACCCUGGCAUGGGGCUGCUCAGCUGCUGUGCUUCAUGUUACUCAAACUGUUGGAUGUACACGAAGCACCGGUGACCACUGCUAACAUCCAUGUGGAGCUUGGCUGGGCUCACAGACUCUGGCAGUGAAGUUCAGUGACAGGAAACCGAAAUACUGUACUCAGGGAUGCACUUUGUUUUCAUUGAAGGAGGAAUCACCGUUUCUCUGCCUCUUAUUAAACUGUAAAUAGAGACGAGCCCCACCACUUGAUUUUGGUCCUUGGUUGGUCAUGUCCCUGUGUGCUGG